AUGGGGGACUGGAAUUUCCUUGGAGGCAUUCUGGAGGAGGUUCACAUCCACUCCACCGUGAUUGGAAAGAUGUGGCUCACCAUCCUGUUCAUAUUUCGAAUGCUUGUUCUGGGUGUAGCAGCUGAAGAUGUCUGGAAUGAUGAGCAGUCUGGCUUCAUCUGUAAUACAGAACAACCUGGCUGCAGAAAUGUAUGCUAUGAUCAGGCCUUCCCUAUCUCCCUCAUUAGAUACUGGGUUUUGCAGGUGAUAUUUGUGUCUUCACCAUCCCUGGUCUACAUGGGCCAUGCUUUGUACCGACUAAGAGUUCUGGAGAAGGAGAGGCAGAUGAAGAAGGCGCAACUGAGAGGUGAACUGGAGGAGGUAGAGCUUGAAACACCUGGGGAUCGGAGGCGACUGGAGGAAGAACUGUGUCAGCUGGAGCAAAGGAAAGUAAAUAAAGUUCCACUCAGAGGAACCUUGCUUUGCACUUAUGUGAUACACAUUUUCACUCGCUCUGUGGUUGAAGUUGGGUUCAUGAUUGGACAGUAUCUUUUAUAUGGAUUUCACUUAGAGCCUCUAUUUAAAUGUCACGGCCACCCAUGUCCAAAUACAAUAGAUUGUUUUGUCUCUAGACCCACAGAAAAGACGAUAUUCCUAUUAUUCAUGCAAUCCAUAGCGACUGUUUCACUUUUCCUAAAUGUUUUAGAAAUUUUCCAUCUAGGUUUUAAAAAGAUUAAAAGAGGGCUUUGGGGACAAUAUAAAUUGAAGGAUGAACAUAAUGAAUUUUGUACCAAGUCAAAACAAAACCUUGCCAAAUAUCAAAACACAUCUGCAAAUUCACUGAAACGACUCUCUUCUGCACCCGAUUAUAGUCUGUUAGUGGACAAGCAAACACACACAGCAGCGUAUCCUAGUUUAAAUGCCUCUGCAUUUCAGACAGAUCCUGAUAACCAUAUUGGAAAUGAUGACAAAGGCAUUUUGGAUGAACAGGAAACUCUACUUUCUGAGAUGUGCACAUUUAGUACGGCCUGUGGUCAUCUUCAAAAUAUCAGCUCAAGUAAUAAAGAAGACACUCAUAAACUAUCUGGAAAAGAAGUUAAUGGUAACCAGUUGAGGGGAAAAAGAGAAACUGAUGGCAAAGACAGCAAAAGAAAUCACUACUUUAAAGGUCACUGUUCUAGUCCAGGUGAUGCUAUAGAGCUUAACAACCACGUGGGACAGUCACCCCAAACAGCUUUCUCUCUGCCAGCUAACUGCACCUGGAAACGGAAGUGGCCCCGGGCUACCCGGGGUCCCUCUGCAGAAAAUGAAAACCAGGCAUUACCUCCUCAAGGUAACCUCAAGGGCCAGCUCAGGGAGAGCACAACCAGAACCCUUCCUCCUUCACAGGGAGACUUUCAACCACCUGACAUUCCAGACACCCCUGAUUCUUUGGGAGGGCUGUCCUUUGAAUCCGAGUUGGUCAGAACCUGCAGUAACCCUACUGCUUGUACUCCAAAUCAUUUAGUGUCACUGACAAACAACCUCAUUGGAAGGCGGGCUCCCACAGACCUUCAGAUCUGA